AUGACGAGCUGGAUAAAGCUGGAUCAUCAGCUUCCGAAGCAGCUGCAGCAAGCGGCAGCAGAUGUCGCCAAAGCAGUCUGGUUUCAUGUUGGCAAUGUCAUAAUAACCGACUUGGGUAAUUGGCGGCAUGUUGCGCAUGUCUCCUAUACGCCCAAACCUGACGGAUCCCUGGGAGCUUUGAUACUUAACUGCGUCGAGGGCGCAAAGGGCAGUACUUCGCAAUCGGCUGCGUACACGGUCGAUCUCAUGCGUCAGCAUGUCAAGGUCCAGGGACAUCCGGUCCGAUAUGAGCCGCUCCCCACAGAGUGUCUUCCUCUCAUCGGCCGCAUUCGAGACUGGGUGGAAAAAGAGCGUCAGGCACAGCAGGAUCGCCUUGCAAGAGAACGUCAAGCGGAGAACGAGCGCCGUCGAGCCCGCGAGGCAGGCAUCAAGGCCUAUAUACUUCGUUGA